AUGUCGUCUGGAAUCCUCGCAUGCUGCGUUAAACGCACCGAGGCAGUGCACCUGAGGGGGAACCCAACAUGUUUUUGGUUGUUUGGUAGGGUUGUUCCAGUUUCGAAUCGUCUGAAGAUUUCGAGGCACCCACUUGGCGGUCUUUUGGGCGUGGGACAGAGCCAUUCGAGCCGUAGAGCCAUAGAGCGCGCUGCUGAUCGUUGCCUCCAAUCUCUGCUUCUCUCUCCCCUUGUGACCAAAUCCCCCAGCGAAUCAACGCUAGAAUUGAUCGUAGCCUGGGAUACAGGAAUAUUUGUAAAUGCGGGGGCCUCCUACAACCCCGUGCGCAAAAAGAUAUUCGAACUUUCUGAUAGGAGGUCUGGAGCUGGGAGGGAGAGCUAA